AUGGCUUCUGCUACCCCUGAAUCCAUUGCCGAUAUCCCCGCACCCGCACAUGUCCAAAUUGAGUCCAUGCUCUCUCGAAAAUUCGGCAAGGAGACCGUCAACUAUUUCUCCAGUUCUCCCUUAAACCGUGUCUCAUUCCUCCGGUCAGAGGCCCCUUUUUUAUCAGCAGCCAUACGACACCCAACAAGCCGUUUCUUGCUAUUCAACAACCUCUCACCCCUCGUCCGUAACCCUUCAGAAGUUUUCUACGCUUCCUACGACGAUGUCAAACCCCUCAUCCCAGAAGACAUCUUUGAUAAAUCCGAAGAAGACGUCCUCAAGGAGUUCAACUCCUCAAUCACAAUCCCGCACCUAGUAUUCCUAGGCCUCGACGAAACUCAAUCAGAUAAUGGCCUAGUCUACAAAAUCUAUAAGGGAACUCCAUUCUUCGCCCUGGACGUCACUCCCCGCGGCACAAUCGAGCAAACCGCCAAAAUCAUCGUCUCAACAAUGGAAGCAAGGGGCCUCUCCUUUCAUAAAGCGCGAGUCCUUAACGCACUCCCAGCAGACGUAGCCGCCAUAUACGCCCAAGCCCGUUCCCUCCUCGACUGGAACACACGCAACACCUACUGCGGCACCUGCGGCCACCCAACCCUGUCCGUCAACGCCGGCACAAAGCGCGCAUGUCCGCCGCACGACCAUGCCCAGGCGACUGACGGGAAUCCCCCCAUCGCCCGUCCCCACUGCAACACCCGCACAACCAUCUCCAAUCUCUCCUUCCCCCGCACGGACCCGACCAUCAUCGUCUCUGUCCUCAGCCAUGACGGCCAACGUCUGCUUCUAGGCAGACAAAAGCGGUGGCCGCAAAACUGGUACUCGACGCUGGCAGGCUUUGUCGAGCCAGCCGAGUCCAUCGAGGACGCCGUGCGCCGCGAGGUGUGGGAGGAGUCUGGUGUCGUGCUAUCCCGCGUGGUCGUGCAUAGUACGCAGCCCUGGCCGUACCCGGCAAAUCUGAUGAUUGGGGCUAUUGCCCAGGUGGCGACGCCGGAGAAUGAGGUAGUAUCGCUGAAACAUGAUCCGGAGCUGGAGGAUGCGCGUUGGUUUCCGAUUGAGGUGGUUGAAGAGGCGUUGAGAGCGGGAACGAGCGAUUUGGCGAGUAAACCGGGUGCCGAGUAUAAGGGAGGACUAAGAUUGCCUCCCAAGACGGCUAUUGCGCACCAGCUGAUUAGGGCGGUGGUGAAAGGGGAGUUUUGGGGUGGUACCAGUGGUGAUGGAAAUGGAGCGAAGAUGUGA